AUGAAAACAGCUAGAGGACGAAGUUACAAUAGGAAAAGAGACUUCGACAAUGAUAAACGCGAGUACCGAAAUAACAGUCCAUACCCAUAUAGGAGAAAUGAUAGCGAAGAGAGGAAUUACAAUAAAAGAGAUAAUAUUCCUUACCCCUCUAGGUUGUAUAAUCGAUAUUCUAGAGAUAAUAGCAAAGACAGCAAUUACAAUAGAGACAGAUCAUACUCAAGAGAAAGAAAAAACAAUUAUGAUAGUUCUAGGGAAAGUAGUAUAGACAGAAGUUAUGACAGAGAUUUUAUAACGUAUAAACAUAGAGACGAUAAAGACAGAGAAACAAGAGGAAAUUAUAAACAGUGUAGUAAAAACAAAGACGGAGAAAAACGAUACACAAAAAACCGUCAAUACAGCAGAGAGAAUAGUCGAGAAAGAGUACCAGGAAAAUAUAGAGAAGACCGCUAUGCGAAAGAAUCCGAGAGAGUUACUAGCUAUAGGUGUAACGAGCGAGGACACUACGCAGAUAAUUACCCACUAGAUAUAAAUUAUGCUAACAUAGAACCAUGCGAAAUUAAUUUAAAAUCAGAUAAACCUAUAUUUCAACUACCAUUUAGAGUUUCUCCGUCACAAAGAGAAAAAUUAAAAAUAUUAAUUGACCAAAUGAUAGACGCGGACAUUAUUGAACCGAGUAGAAGUAGUUACGCUGCACCUGUUUUCUUAAUUCCGAAAAAGGAAAAGGAGGAAUACCGAUUCUUGGUAUACUACAGACAAUUGAACAACGAGGCUGUAGCUGACAAACACCCAAUACCACGAUCACAGGACCUUUUUAGAAGUUUAGAAGGAGCCAAAUACUACUCUUCUAUCGACAUGGCUCAAGGUUAUUUUCAAAUACCUACCAAUAAAAGAAGAGGACCAAGAUAA